UUCAGCCAGUCUUUCACCACUUCCUCUUAUUGUAUGAUCACAGGUUUCUCCUGUAGUGAACAGUUUAUCUUCUCUUCUUCGCGAAGGACUAAGAGGAGUUUGAACAAGGGCUGGGACAGGAUGACCCGCAGGUCCCUGUCUGAUCCAGAAUCUCCAGUGGAAAUGGUCAGUGGUGGAGAAAGUCCUUUAGAUAUGAAUCCCUGUGUAGACACAGGUCAGCACAGGGGCCGGCAGCUCACCUGUCCCAGCCCUCCGGAGUACGGGACUGCCUUCAUGGUUUCCAAGAAGCGUAGUCCCUCACCUCCAGAGGAGAGUGGACCAGAAUGGCUUGCACGGAAGAAGACUCGACAGAGUGAAUGUCCUGCUGAUGAUGAAGCAGAUUCUGCUGAAGGCUCGAACAGUACGGACAACACUCUCAACACCACCGACCACCCAGCUGACGUAGACACCAGUCAGACCACCACCGACCACCCAGCUGAUGUAGACACCAGUCAGACCACCACCGACCACCCAGCUGACGUAGACACCAGUCAGACCACCACCGACCACCCAGCUGACGUAGAUACCAGUCAGACCACCACCGACCACCCAGCUGAUGUAGACACCAGUCAGACCACCACCGACCACCCAGCUGAUGUAGAUACCAGUCAGACCACCACCGACCACCCAGCUGAUGUAGACACCAGUCAGACCACCACCGACCACCCAGCUGACGUAGAUACCAGUCAGACCACCACCGACCACCCAGCUGAUGUAGACACCAGUCAGACCACCACCGACCACCCAGCUGAUGUAGAUACCAGUCAGACCACCACCGACCACCCAGCUGACAUAGACACCAGUCAGACCACCACCGACCACCCAGCUGAUGUAGACAAUAUGAAGAUCGAUCCAGCUGUGAAGCUGUCCCCUGAAGAGUGGAAUAGUUCAAAUUUAAUUGAUUAUUGCUCAAUGACAAAUAGUUUAUUGUAUCCGGACCUGUCUAAUCGAUUUCUGUCUAUCCCUCUCAUCUUAAAACUAUCUAACCAUACCCGUCAUAUUCCUGGAUAUGAUUCUGACAGUCCUAUCAAGAACAUUGUUUCAAUUCAGUAUAAAAAAUGUUGUCAGUCAUUAGAUAAAAAGACAAUGGAAAAGAUCAAUAAUAAGGAUCAGUAUGCAUUAAUUUUUUUUAGAAGAAAUGACGGCUCGUAUACAGACCCCUCUCAACCGUAUUUCCCAACAAACGGAGGUCAUGAUCACAGUGAGGAUCGUAUAAUUGAGCCAAUACAAGAUCAUAUUAAUAAAAGCAUCAGGCAGUACUGUGAGCUGUGGAUCUUCACACAGAACAGUCCGUGUUUGGGGAGAAAAGAUAAGGAUCCCUGUAUGAUUAAUUUAAUCAGGUUAUCAUAUGUACUGGGCAGAUUUUAUCAGAUUAAAACUUUCAUCACAUUCUCAAAACCAUACGGCCCAACAGGUUCCAUCGUUUCUAAAUUACCAGAUCACAUCUACAGAACCUGUUCCUACAGAACCAUCCAGAACAGUGCUCACCAUCAGGACCCUCCACCAACCAUCCCUGAAACUGAUCAACCCACUAAAUCCACUAAAUGUAAAAGAAAGAGAUGUGAUUCGUUACCAGCUGAUAUCUCUAAUAAACCCCUGACUUCUCUAACAGUUAAUCAGAACAAUUAUCAGUCUUCUACCAGACUGCCCCCUCCUAACACUCCAUCCCAAAAACAGCCAAGUACAGUAAAAAAUAAAUUGAAGAUAAAAAGAUGCAAUUCGCUCACGGCUAAUAGAACUUACAAAGCACCAAGUUAUUCCUCUAAAACAACAAAUCUACACAAUUCUGAACCUCAGUUUAAGAGGUCCAAUUCUGACCGUUCAUCUAAAAACAGUGAUUUCAACAAGUUACUGGAGUCAGCGAGGAAAACACUUCUCACCACAGCCGAUCGUGAAUCUAAAUUCCUCAUGAAACCGCCUUCUAGAUUUAAACCAAAUUAUGCAAACAAUUCGGUUAAAAAAAAAAUUCCCAAAAAUAAACGGCAAAUACAUUUUAAAGAACUGAAUAAAUGUCGCCCUGAAUUCCCCGAAACUCCACACAGUUUUGAAGAGUUUGAAAGGAUGGGAUUGAAUAGAGCAGAAGAAUAUGAAAAGUCACUGAGAGCUUUAUUCAGUGAGGAGUUUAAUCAGGAAAUCUGUAAUUCCAUCUGUGAGACGUUUAUAUCUGAGUUCCUGAGCUGGUGGGCUUUAAAUCUAGAAAAGUCUUACAGCUCAUUUCUAAACACGAGAUUCAGUGAAGCUUAUAAUAGAACAGCUGUUCAGAUUUUCAUUCACGAGAUCCAGAACCUUCCAUAUAAACCUACUAUAAUCUGUGUUGGUGACAUCACUGAUUCAGAGACUGCUACAGACUGCACUGGUGACAUCAGUGCUAUUCGGAGUAUAGAUGGUAGUGAGAACAUCAUCAAUUCUCAGAGCAUAGACUCUCUUAGUGACAGCACUAAUACUCCUCAUGACAUCACUGAUUCACCUUGUGACAUCGCUGAUUCUCAGAGUACAGACUGUAGUCGUGACAUCGCUGAUUCUCAGAGUAUAGACUGUACUAGUGACAUCACUGAUUCUCAGGGUAUAGACUGUACUAGUAACAUCGCUGAUUCUCAGAGUAUAGACUGCAGUCGGGACAUCGCUGAUUCUCAGAGUAUAGACUGUACUCGUGACAUCACUGAUUCUCAGGGUAAAGACUGUAGUCGUGACAUCGCUGAUUCUCAGAGUAUAGACUGUAGUCGUGACAUCGCUGAUUCUCAGGGUACAGACUGUAGUCGUGACAUCGCUGAUUCUCAGAGUAUAGACUGUACUAGUGACAUUGCUGAUUCUCAGAGUAUAGACUGUAGUCGUGACAUCGCUGAUUCUCAGAGUAUAGACUGUAGUCGUGACAUCACUGAUUCUCAGGGUAUAGACUGUACUAGUAACAUCGUUGAUUUUCAGAGUACAGACUGCAGUUGUGACAUCGCCGAUUCUCAGAGUACAGACUGUACUCGUGACAUCACUGAUUCUCAGAGUAUAGACUGUAGUCGGGACAUCACUGAUUCUAAAACUAUAGACUGUACUAGUGACAUCGCUGAUUCUCAGAGUAUAGACUGUACUAGUGACAUCACUGAUUCUCAGAGUAUAGACUGUAGUCGGGACAUCACUGAUUCUCAGAGUGUAGACUGUACUAGUGACAUCGCUGAUUCUCAGGGUAUAGACUGUACUAGUAACAUCGUCGAUUCUCAGAGUAUAGACUGCAGUCGUGACAUCACUGAUUCUCAGAGUACAGACUGUACUAGUAACAUCACUGAUUCACAGUGUACAGACUGUGCUAGUGACAUCGCCGAUUCUCAGAGUAUAGACUGUACUAGUGACAUCGUCGAUUCUCAGAGUACAGACUGUACUAGUGACAUCACUGAUUCUCAGAGUAUAGACUGUACUAGUGACAUCGUCGAUUCUCAGAGUACAGACUGUACUAGUGACAUCACUGAUUCUCAGAGUAUAGACUGUACUAGUAACAUUGUCGAUUCUCAGAGUAUAGACUGUAGUCAUGACAUCACUGAUUCUCAGAGUAUAGACUGUACUAGUGACAUCGUCGAUUCUCAGAGUACAGACUGUACUAGUGACAUCACUGAUUCUCAGAGUAUAGACUGUACUAGUGACAUUGUCGAUUCUCAGAGUAUAGACUGUAGUCAUGACAUCACUGAUUCUCAGAGUAUAGACUGUGCUAGUGACAUCGCUGAUUCUCAGAGUAUAGACUGUACUCGAGACAUCAUUGAUUCUCAGAGUAUAUACUCUCUUACUGACAUCACUAAUACUCCUUAUGACAUCACUGAGUUUCCUCAUGACAUCACUGAGUUUCCUCGUGACAUCACGCUUCUCAGAGUAUAGGAUGAAACUAAUGAUUUUUGAGUAUAGUUUGUAUUGAUGACAUCAUUAACAGUUCUUGUUAGUAAUCAGUUUCUGUUCAGGUGCUGUUUCUCCAUCACUCAUAUCUAUCCGUAAAUUUGUCUAAAUUGAAUUAAAAGAAUCUUCCCCCUGAA